AUGCCAUGCCGAUUGGUGUUACUGGCUCUGUGUUCAAUGUUGGUCGAAGGUCUUCAAGGUGAAGGAUACACUGAUGCAUCGGAGAUUCUUCUGGAGAUGGAGCGUGCUCAGACCUUCGGCUCGGAAUACUUGAAGCAGAAGCAGAGCGAGGCCUUUGUUGCAACGAAGGCUGCAAGCCUCUUGCAGGUCAACAAAGGCCCUUCAGCAAGCCACGGGCAAGCCGGUGAGGCUCGGCACAACCGCUUCAACCCUUUCAAGCCAGAUCCAGCCCUUAUGCGAUCGACAAAUCCAGAGCUGAUCGAAGAUGAGGACGACUGA